GAAACUUCCUACCCUUACGUCCUCCACCCUGACUGCUAAUUCGAGAUACUCCUUUGGAGUCAGCUAUUAUCCUAGUCAAUCCGGAUUUCAUUGUUCAAAGAUAUAAUCUAAAAUGUUCAUCGCGCGAUCGGAAUACGACCGUGGAAUCAACACCUUCUCUCCGGAAGGUCGUUUGUUCCAAGUUGAAUACUCGCUCGAAGCUAUCAAGCUUGGUUCAACCGCUAUCGGUGUAGCAACAUCCGAAGGUGUCAUCUUAGGUGUCGAGAAGCGCGUCACAUCCACCCUGCUCGAGGCGUCCUCAGUUGAGAAGAUUGUGGAAAUUGACCAGCACAUCGGAUGUGCUAUGUCUGGCUUGCAGGCAGAUGCCCGGUCUUUAGUUGAGCAUGCCCGCGUUGAAACCCAGAAUCAUGCCUUCCACUACGCGGAACCUCUGCGUGUCGAGAGCUGUACCCAGGCGAUCUGUGACUUGGCCCUACGAUUCGGAGAGACUGGAGAUGAUGAGGAGAGUGUCAUGAGCAGACCUUUCGGCGUCGCUCUUCUAAUUGCUGGGAUUGACGAGGAUGGUCCUCAGCUAUAUCACGCUGAACCUUCCGGUACGUUCUACCGUUAUGAUGCGAAGGCCAUCGGGUCCGGAAGUGAGGGGGCACAGGCAGAACUGCAAAAUGAAUACCAUCGCUCGUUGACACUUGCCGAGGCUGAGACGCUAGUUCUGAAAACACUUAAGCAAGUCAUGGAGGAGAAGCUAGACGCGAAGAACGUUCAGCUGGCGAGCGUCACCAAGGAGAAGGGUUUCCGUAUCUACAACGACGAGGAGAUGGGACGCGCUGUCGCGCAGCUAGGUGGGAAUCAAUGA